UGUAGCUUCUGUAGAUGUGCCGUGACGCGCUGAUGUUUGUGUCUCGUGUGCUCUCCGUGGCAAAGGAGAACCAACAACACAAAGGAAAAAGGUGUCCGUAGGAUACUCUUCAAGAUAAAGAAGCACAAUGGAUGAAGAGGAGCAGUUUGUGAACAUCGAUCUGAAUGAUGACAAUAUCUGCAGCGUCUGCAAGUUAGAGACGGAAACUGGGACCAUGUCUUUCUGCCACGUCUGCUUUGAACUCAGUAUUGAAGGUAUCUCCUCUGCUACCUUAUUGCACUCAAAGUCCCUGCGCGGCCACAGAGACUGCUUUGAGAAAUGCCACCUCAUUGCCAACCAGAAGCUGUCACGUUCCAAGGUCUCCCGAAGUGCCUACGAAGGCAUGAAGCUGGCCUUCAGCCAGAAACUGAACCGCAUCAUCCAGUACGCCCAGAACAAAGACUCUGUCUCCUCCAACGGCCCCAGCAGACGAGGGUCAAAGCUUCUCGGUUGCAGCCAGCAGAGUGACCGCAAGCUGCUGCCCCAGUCGGACGCCCAGGUGCCCCGCUACACGCCCUGCUGGGACACGGGCAAAGCAACAGGUCUGCCUGAUUACACCAUGGGGAUGUUGGAGUGCCACACGGUGGAGGAGCUGGGGCUGCUGCAGGAGUCACAAUCGACCGUUUGGUCCAGUGACAGCAGGAAAGGUCAACAGAGUCGGAACCAGCUGUCGGGAGGAGGACAGACGCAGCACAGACACCAAGGCCACAGCAGAGAUGAAUUGACAAACAUGAGUGUGGACGAACUCCAUCAGCUGAACACCCAGCUACUGAUGCAGAUUCAAAAGAUCUUUGAGGAGCUGACUGCGGCCGUGCAGGAAAAGGACUCGUUGGCGUCAGAGCUGCACGUACGUCACAUUGCCAUCGAGCAGCUGUUUAAGAACUGUGCCAAACUGCCCUGGCUGCACAUUAGCAGGGCCGGGGUCAAGGCCAGCAGCAGCAGCGGCCCCGUGGAGUGAGGUGCAAGCCGGUAUCCACUGCUGGGAGGAAGCUGGACAAACACACGCUGCAGCAAGGCUGAAAAAGCUUUCGUGUAUAUUGAGUGACUUUUACGACACUAUGGUGAUCUGCUGUAGAACAGCAUUAAGGGCUGGGUUUACGUGGCCUCUGUUCUCGUGGUUGCAGUGAUGAUGCAAGGAUUAAUAGCGGUUUGCAGUUUUAAACCAAUUGCUGGUCUGGCAUGUGACCUGAAUUCACCCAUCUCAUGUAGCCAGGGUGCAUGGGGACAUGUUCUUAUUGGACAUGAUCCUUAAAAAUAACAUCUGUUAAGAUUUACCUUAGCACAGACUGAAAAGCAGUUUGUCUGCAUACUUUUACAGAGAUGAUUGCUGUUGGUUUUAUUACAUUUUAGUUUGCUUUUACUCAUUUCUGUAGAUACAUUUCUUUCUUUUUUUUCCUGCUUCUCAUUAUGUCAGUCAUAAAUAUUCUAAUAUGGGUUUUAGCACUGCUUUUUACUCCACUAUACGUUAUCUGAUGGUUCUCUGUAGAAUGUACAGUGAGUUACAGUAUUUUUAUAACAUGGCUUGGUGCAGAUUAGCCAGACGAUGUCUAUCAUGUUCAUACCACCAGACACUGCCAGCUAGGCUGUCCUCGACUAAAGAAAUUCUUAUGGCGUGUUCACACCGGGCGCAGGGCGAAUCUAUUUGCACAAUGUGAUGACAUACAAAGUCAAUGCCAAGACGUGAGUGAAUGCGAAAUUCACCAAGUGCUGCGAUGACAUAAACCCUGAAAUGAAAUGAAAUGAAAACAUGAUAUUUGCAUUUUUAUGUAUUCGAGUUGAAAACCUUGAGUGAGAAAUGUGUGUGAAGCUGUGUUGCAAAAGCUGUUCAGCAUUGAGAUUCUCCUUCACAGCGUCGCUCUGAUGGAUCCAGGCUCCGUUCAGAAAACAAACAUUUUAAUAGUUGUUUGCUUGUCGUCCUGUGGACAGACCUGAUGGAGCAUAACUUCAGAGAUUUAUUACAUCUGCAUCAUGUUAUAGUAAUUUCGGCAUACUUUAUUUUUCAUUAAUUGCAAUUAAAUCACAACAAAAUCUGUUAUUUCGGGUACAAACCAGUGUAGAAGUGGCAGUCAGUAUAGCCCCAAAUUGAUCCGAAAUCCAUUUGAAAGCGUGACUUAAAAUCCAUUUAUUUUAGUUGCAUAACGCUGUAGAACCCAACCGGACACAGUUCCUAGAGAAGGCUGUGAAAUUUAUAGAGUAAUGUGCGUCUCUGCAUGAUAUUAUUAAUCCAAACAUGACAGAUUUUGGGUUUCCAAUGUAUCUGGGAUUUCCACAUCAUGUUCAAAGCACCGAUAGUGAUUGUUUUGGCCAUGGUUGACAAUGGCAGUGUCUGUAUCGAACAAGUAACAUAAAUUGACACAAAUAUUCCUGCCGUCAUGGUAACAACAGUAAAGCAAAGCUAAAUUUCACCUUGCACCCUUUGUGAACACACCAUCAGUCAACUAACACUCAUAAGUUUUUGUCAACUAAUCAACCAACAGAUCUGUAAAACAGAGUUUCUCUACAGUGAAUCAUGUUAAAGCACCACUUUAUAUCUUGUGUUUACAAGGGACUUUUUUUGGGUAUAGGUCAUUCAGCUUGAAAAAAGUAUUAUAUAAUCGACUGAAGUAAAAUCUUGGACCAAUUGGUUGACUCCUGCUGCCAGCAGUAGUGUUUGAUUAGUGUGAAGCACAUUUUCCUGCAGCUGCACACGGCAAUAUAAUGGCUUGAAACACACGUUUUUUGCCUUCAAACUGCCCUACUUAAUCGUUUAUGAAACUGUGGCGAUCAGAUAAAAACUGUAAAAAAGAAAAGAAAAAAAAAGGAACACAAAUAAGAUCAAAUCUGGAAAAGGGCAUGGUCCAAAAGUUCCCUAAAGCAUCUGUGCAAAAACGACAAAUCAGUGUGUGAAGGCUAUAGAAGCUGUGCAGGUUUUUGUUUGAGAGGGUGAACACUAUUUUGGGUGUGUCCUUGAACGAAUACUUUGUAACAGCUUGUUGGCAAGCAGCAAGUGGAAAUAUCAGUUAAUAUACCUGUGGCUUAAAAUGAUAGGUAUUUUGUUUUUGAUUCAACUUUUGGGUUUGUGGUUACUAUUAUUGCUUGUGAGAUUUACUUGAUAUUUAGUGCAGAGCUUUCUGUUGUAUAGCUGUCAAGCACAAGUCGUAUGUAAAGCUAUACACUGAAUGAGGGCUAUCAGGAGAAGAAAGGUUUAACUAUUGGAAAAAGAAACCCAGCUGCCAAACCAAAGUCUGUAUUUGUUCUGUUUAACUGUAGACUUUUAUUCCAUUAGCAGAAGAAGAUGCAAUACCAAACUGAUUUUAAAAUGUACGUGGCUUAGUAGUUUACCUGUUUGGUUCAGAGUGUUUAAUGAGGAUUUUUCUCUAAAGGUGUUGAUGUGGAAAUGGGUUGUUCUCAAAUACAUCAGCAUAUGUUUUACGCUUUGUUUAUCUUUUUUUUUUUAUAUUUCUUUUAUGUGCAGUGUUAAGUUUUGUUGCCCUCUCUCCUGGUUUGAUGUGUGAGAGAUAGUUUGGUGUACUGUGCCUCUGGAGGUCCCUGAUUUUUCAACAGAAGGAGACAAAGUAGGACGCAGGAUGGUAUUAACAGUCAGCAUGUUAAUUUAUUAUUCAGGAACCCUAUGCAAGAAAGAGACAAAUAAAUCAGAAGCCUUAUCAAAUGGGAAAUAUCUAAAAGAAUAUUGGUUAUAUAAGUUUUUUCCUCGGAGGAUGCUUUAGAGCUAUUCCAGUAUAAUAAGCUGGGGAAAGACUAGGUUAUAUUCAGAUUGAUGUUUAGAGAAACUCAGCAUUGUCACCAUCUCUUUUGCUCUCUUUGUAAGAGAUUAAAUGUAUUUGACCCCUUUUUAGGGUUUAAGAUUUUAGCUCCAUUUUAAACUUUUAUCUUGGUUUUCUUUGGAUAAAUGUAUUCAGUGUGCUUGAGAGUAUUCAGAUUACUGGUCCUUAAUGCAAGUCAUUCAAUCUUCAGUUGUAUGUUUUUUUUAUUUGUGAUUUAAUUAUGAAUGCUGUGUCUUUUUGUAUACUGUGGAAACAUGCCUCUGCUCGGCGCAAGAUUCAGGCCGCCUGGAUUUUGUCGUCUCGUUCUCUUCUACUGGAGAUGUUAGCAUACCUGUUACACUUCCACCUCCUUCCCUUAGACUUGACUCUUUGUUCAUUUGUUUUCUAAUGUUGAACAAGGCUGCAUUUGUGUUGUGUGAUGAUUCUAUUUAUUGUGUGUGUUCAUGGACCUUACACAUGCUGUGUGAUUUGUGCUUAAGUGACAGUUUGUAUUUUUUGUAAAAUAUUUCAAUAAACUUAUUUUUACUACA